CCCAAUGAAAAUUUUGUUUCCUUCACCUUCUGAUCAAUUCCGUCUCUAUAAAUACACAGAGAUACAAAAACCCCUAACAAACCAAAACUUUUAUAUAUGAUAAUAAGAUAAGACGCCCAUUCCUUCUUGUCCAUUCCAUUCCCAAACGGCCGAGAAAAGAUCAGUUUCCCACAGAAAGAAAUGGCGACGCCGCUAUUGCUACUUGUACUCUUUCUCCCUCUCCUCCUUUGCCUGGGCUGGUUCGCCAUCCGAAACAACAACAAGGCCAUUAUUAUACCAAAGUGGCCGGUCGUCGGCAUGCUUCCGUCCUUACUCUGGAACGUGUCUCACGACCUCCUCCACGACUUCAUCACCCGAGUCAUGAAACAGAGCGGAGGCACUUUCAUGUUCAGAGGACCAUGGUUCGCCGGCGUCGACUUCCUCAUCACCGUGGAUCCGUUGAACGUCCACUACAUCCUGAGUAAGAACUUCACCAACUUCCCCAAGGGACCAAACUUGAAAGCCAUACUUGAACCACUGGGAGACGGCAUAUUCAACGCCGACGGCGAAUCCUGGAAAUCACAAAGAGAAACCAUCCAUUCCCUCAUCAACACCACCAAAUUCCACCACCUAAUGCUCAAAACAAUCCACUUCAAGCUAAAAAACGGCCUGAUCCCAAUCCUCCACAACACCUCCAAACUCCACAACAAUGCUCCUCUUCCUCCUCCUCUAGACUUGCAAGAGCUAAUGAAGCGGCUCACAUUCGACACCAUAUGCUCCCUCGUUACGGGUUUUGACCCCAAAUACCUCUCCAUCGAACUCCCGAGCCUUCCCUAUGCCGACGCGUUCGACGUAAUCGAGCAGGUGAUUCUCUACCGCCAUUGUGUCCCAGCCACGGUGUGGAAGUUUCAGAGGUGGGUUGGCAUCGGAGAGGAGCGGAAAAUGAGGCAAGCUCAGGAGUGCUUUGAUGGGUUCUUGGAGGAGAGAAUCAGAGUGAAAAGGAAAGAGGCAUUGGAUAAGAAGGAGAUGGAAACCGUGGUGGAUGAUGAUUUUCUAACCAUGAUCUUGUCCGGGGAAGCGGGAAUUGAUCAGGGGAAAUUAACGGAUGGGUUCUUGAGAGAUGUCGUGUUUAAUCUUCUUGUGGCAGGAAGGGACACCAUUGCUGCUGCCUUGAGUUGGUUCUUUUGGCUCGUGGCGAAAAACCCUAACGUGGAGGAGAAGAUUCUGAAGGAGUUGGAUCAAGUUAUGGGGAAAGAGACGAGCUUUCCGACCACAGAGGAGCUAAACAAAAUGGUGUAUCUUCAUGGAGCCAUGUGUGAAACCCUAAGGCUGUACCCAUCAGUGCCUUACGAACACAAGCAAUCGAUCGAGCCGGAUGUGCUCCCGAGCGGGCACGCCAUUGAUGGCAACACCAGGAUCUUACUAUCCAUCUUUUCCAUGGGGAGGAUGGAAGAGAUAUGGGGUGUGGAUUGGAUGGACUUCAAACCCGAGAGGUGGAUUUCAGUUGGGUCUGCGGAUGAGAAGAAGAAGAUGGUGGUUAGCUACGUGCCAGCUUACAAGUUUACAGCUUUCAUGGCGGGGCCGAGGACGUGCUUGGGGAGGAAGAUAGCUUUCGUACAGAUGAAAGCCGUAGCCAGUUGUGUUCUGCGUAGAUUUAAGAUUGAGGUGGUGCAUGGUCAUCCUGUGGUUCCUGACGCUUCCAUUCUUAUGUUCAUGAAGUAUGGACUCAAGGUUAGAGUUUCUCAUAGGGCAUGA